AUGGCUUUGGUGAGAGGUCUUUUGGGUGCAAAGAAGAUUCUGAGCCGUUCUGUAUCAGCUACAACACCAAAAGGGUUUCUUGCGGUGUACGUUGGCGAGGACCAGGUCCAGAAAAAGAGAUAUAUAGUUCCUGUCUCAUAUUUGAGCCAGCCUUCGUUUCAAGCUCUGCUCAGUAAAUCCGAGGAAGAGUUUGGGUUUGAUCAUCCGAUGGGUGGCUUAACGAUCCCUUGUCCUGAAGAUGCCUUCAUCAACGUAACGUCUGAGCUAAAGGGAAGAUGA